AUACAAGCAAAACUUCCCAUGAUCAUGGCCUUGAAAACACUAAUCUAUGUCAUUGUUCCCUUGAUCAUCCGAAUCUUAGGAGUUGAAUCAAACAUUGGAGUAAAUUAUGGAGUGAAUGCAGAUAAUCUUCCACCACCAAAAGAAGUCGCGAAAUUCCUUGUUAACUCAACAAUCAUCAAUCAUGUUAGAAUCUUCGAUGCAAACCCUGAUAUUCUUCAAGCCUUUGCACAUACAAGGGUUAACAUAACUGUUACAAUCCCAAAUAUUAUCAUUCCUCUGUUUACUAAUUUCACAUUUGCUCAACAGUGGGUUAAGACUAACAUUUCUUCACACUUACAUUCUACAAACAUUAAGUGUAUCUUGGUAGGUAAUGAGGUGUUGGCAACAGCUAAUAAACUCCUCAUUACCAACCUUGUCCCUGCUAUGGAGACCCUCUACACCGCCCUCGUUGUAGAGUCCUUGGAGCGUGAAGUUCAAGUUUCGACGCCUCAUUCUCUUGGGAUACUUUCUAGCUCGAACCCUCCCUCGACGGGGAGGUUCAGGCAAGGGUAUGAUGUGCAUGUUCUUUGGCCGUUGUUAAGCUUUUUAAGGGUUAUAGGUUCACCCUUUAUGGUGAACCCUUAUCCCUUUUUUGAUAUUGAUUCUAAUGAUACCGACCUAAACUAUGCAUUGUUUGGGCCUAACUCGGGGGUAUUUGAUGAAUAUACGGGUAAGAACUACACUAAUAUGUUUGAUGCACAACUUGAUGCUGUUUUCUGUGCCAUGAAGAAAUUUGGAUAUGAUGACGUGGAUAUUGUGAUAGCUGAAACUGGUUGGCCUUCUCAAGGGGAGUCGGAUUAUGUUGGUGUGGACCUACGAACCGCAGCCACGUACAAUGGCAAUGUAGUACGCCACGUCACAUCCGGUUUGGGGACCCCACUAAUGCCAAACCGGACCUUUGAGACGUACCUUUUUGCAUUGUUCGAUGAAAAUCUGAAGAUGGGCCCGGCCUAUGAAAGGCACUUUGGGCUAUUUAGCCCCAAUUUCGUGCCAAUCUACGAUAUUGGGCUCCUUCGGCCCAAUAUGGCAUAUAGUGCUCCUCCUAAUGGUUUCUUAUGCUUCUUCAUGAUCAUCACCAUUAUAUGCUAA